UCGACCCGACACGGGUUGACCCGCUUUUCCCUGCUGUCAUGUGUUUGUUUGUGCUGCUGAAUGUCGCUUCAGGGAUCUUUCUGCUUCUGAGAGCUGAAUGUGUGCAGGCAGCAGUUGCUUCUGAUCGUGUUCCCCUGCACUGCAGACUGGGCUUCAAACCCUGUAAGGAUGGAGCAGAGUGUGUGCUGUACAGUCAUGUGUGUGACGGGGAGAAUGACUGUCUUGACGGCUCUGAUGAAGAAGAAUGUGCUGCUGUUUGCAGCAUAGGUCAGUUUCAGUGUGCACAUGGUAAGAAGUGCAUCGAGCGCCGGCAGGUGUGUGACGGUGUGGCUCAGUGUCAGGAUCGCUCAGAUGAAGUCGACUGCUUCAAGCCGGACGAGGGCUGCGGUCAUCGCUGCGAUAAAAACCGCUGCAUCCCAGAAUCCUUUGUCUGUGACGGAGACGCAGACUGUGCUGACGGCAGUGAUGAGGAAAUCUGUGGUAGGGGUUUCUGGUGUGUUUUGACAGGUCCGAGUGUGUCCUGUCCUCCUCAUCUGUUCCAGUGUGGUAGUUCAGGGUGUGUGGACCCGUCUCAGCUCUGUAAUGGAGUCACUAACUGUCUGGACGUUUCUGAUGAGGGCGGGACCUGCCAGACAGACAAAUGCUCUGAACAGUCAAAGUGUGCACAGGACUGCCACAGCACACCUACAGGCACGCGCUGUUGGUGCAGGAUGGGCUACAAGCCUGUGGAUGAUGGUGUGGUGUGUGUUGAUGUGGAUGAGUGUGUGGACCGUCCAGACUUCUGUUCACACUACUGUAACAACACUCAGGGCUCAUUUGAGUGCUCUUGUAGUCACGGUUAUGUUCUGGAACCUGAUGGCCACAGUUGCAAAAUCACAGGUGAGCCGUACCUGCUGGCGUCUGUGCAGUCUGAGGUCUUCCUGCUGGGUCUGAGGAGCUCCAGUCUGGACGUCCUGCUCUCGUCAGAGAAGCAUUUUGUCCCGUCACUUGACUAUGACUGGCAGAAGCAGAGAGUGUACUGGAUCAACCUCAACGCUGACAACAUAAAAUGGUUGUCACUGGAUCAGAAGAGCAAAGGAACCUUUAUUAAAGUGGGACUGGCUCCGAUCGCCACCAGAACCACAGAAGGUGUGGUGAUCCUGGGUGAAGAUCUAGGGCAGCUCCGCUCCAUCGCUCUGCUGCCACAGGAAGGAAAGAUGUUCUGGUCAGAAUCUGGGGACGAGGCUCAAAUAGAAAGAGCAGGAAUGGACGGCUCAGACAGACGUGUGCUGGUCAGUCACUCUCUCCGAUGGCCGGUCAGUUUGACGGUGGACUCCCUGCAUCACAGAAUCUACUGGACGGAUGAGAAACUCAAGUGCAUCGGAUCAGCCGAUACUGAUGGAGGAGAUAUUAAGCUCUUGCAAAUGAUGGAGACCCCCAGUCCAUUCUCAGUGUCUGUAUUCAAUGAUGAGGUCUACUGGUCUGAUACCAAAAGAGGAACCAUUCAGAGAGCUCACAAAAUCACGGGCAAAUUACACCAAGUCCUGCUCAAACGUCCUGGACAGCCGUUCGGUUUGAAGGUCAUUCAUGCACUUUUCCAAGUGGGCAUCCCUAACCCAUGUGCUUCCCAGCACUGCUCUCACCUGUGUGUUUUAUCGCCGGGGCUGAAGGCUGUGUGCAAGUGUCCGUCUCAGUUGCUGCUGGAUAAAGAUGGACUGACCUGCUCCAAACACAAAGACUCGUCCUUCCUGCUGUUUCUUUCUCCAACUGCAGUCACACAGAUUUAUUUACAGAACAGACACGCCGCCAUGGACCUAAAGAACUGGCCUGAACAUCGGCGUUUUGACCUUCCCAGCAUGAACAAGCCAACCAUGUUAGAUUUAGUGCUGCACGACCUCACUCUGUACGUGUCCGAUGGCGGGCAGCCUGUCGUGGGGCUCUUCAAGAUGAAGGACACAGCGCUGGUGCCUCGUGGGACACUGCUCCAGCUACAUAAGGACUCGCUGCGCACGUUCUCAGUGGACUGGAUCACCCUGAACAUGUACUGGAGCAGCGAGAAGCUGCCUGGCCUGCAGGUCACCUCACCAGAUGGCACACACACCAGUGUGUUAAUACAGGACGGUGUCGGAGCCAUUGAAUCCAUUGCUUUAGACCCACCCAGCGGACGCCUCUGCUUCUCAAACAAAGUCCAGGAAGGUCACAUGACCCAGGUGGAGUGUGCCUAUAUGAAUGGACAGAACAGGACAGUGGUGUGGAGUAAUUCAGUCCAGCCAACUUCACUGAUCUUGACAGAUGAAGGGAAUAAACUGUACUGGGCUGACACUGGUCUUGCAGUAAUUGGUUCAGUUGCCAUAGAUGGUUCUGGAUACAAGGAAAUAAAGACGGAAGGCUUGAUGGCAUUUGCUUUGGUUAAAGUUCUUGUUUGGAUUACUAAAAAAGACUCCACUAAGUGUUGGUUUAGUGAUGAUGAGCAUACAGGGAAGCUGUGGUUUGAAGUGGACGCUGACAUCGUCAGUCUGAAAGCAUUCGCAAAGUCGAGACAAAAAGGCACUAAUCUCUGCUCUAAUGGUAAUGGAGGCUGCAGUCACCUCUGUCUUGCGUUCCCUGGAGGAAUGACGUGCCACUGUGCCCAUAAUCACCACCUGGUCAACGGCAGAGACUGCAGUCUGGACCCCCGCUGCCCUGGAAGCACCAAACCUUGCCUGAGUAAAGACACCUGUCUACCUCUGGAGCAGUUCUGCAACGGCGUCGCCGACUGUCCAGAUCAUUCUGAUGAGAACUGUGUUCAAGAUACACAACAUCAAAAUGUCUGGAUCAAUCCUAAAGCGUUUCGUCCAGGUUUGAGUGAUAAUGUCAUACCAGAGAACAUUGAGUCUGAGGCGUGUGGCGUUACGCUGUGUAACGGCAACGGUAAAUGCACAACCCAGAACGGAGUGACGGUGUGCAUCUGUGAGGCGGGUUACAGUGGAGAGCACUGUCAGGAACAUUCGAGCGGGCUCUCACAGGGACCGCUUCUGUACGGAGUAGUUGGACUGUGUGCCGCUGUGGUUGUCAUGGGGGUCACCGUCGGCAUCAUUCAGAAGAAAAAAGCCACAAACCAGAGGCAAGCAGCACGGGCUGUGGAUGUGCAGGAAACGGGCAUGAAGGAAAUAGAGACAAGACGAGAAACAUCUUCAGCAAAACCUAAUGGAAAAGACACUGAAUUCUCAGAGGAAAAUGUGGUAACGUCUGUGGACUAGCUUCAACAUUCCGGCUGUAGCAUCUUGGUUUCUUUGAAAUAAAGUCAUGUUGCAUUUUGAAAA